CCAUCACAAUGUCUGGCGGUGACACUUCCAAGCUUAUCGGUGCAGUGAAGGACGGCCUGCACUCUGAAUGGGCCGAGUUCAAGAAAACCAAGAAAGCAAAAGCAAAAUCUGUGUGCCCAUAUGCCAUCGGUGGCCAGCGGGAUACCCCAGUCGCAGCCUUGGCAAGCAUUAGUGCUGGCGUUUGUGAGUGGGAGGAGUGUCUGAAGCACACCGUUGACCCCUCAGUGGACCGGGCGAGAGGUGUCCUGCCCAGCGAGGUCAUGGUGGGGGCUGACGGUGCAGUGUGGAUGUACCCAGUCCGACGCCACCUCCCAGCUGAUGCAACAGGAAGCACAAGUGGGAGUCGUGCUUCAUCGGCAUCAAAACCCGAGAGAAAGACCUCAGCUGUGGUCGUGGGGGGCAAGACAAGGAACCUGCCACCUAAGGCCUCGUUGAUGGUGGCCGUGGAGCAGUCAGCUAACUACAUGCUGGACCACGUGAAGAGGAUGAGUGAGAGUGCCUACAUCAAUGGUAAUAACCAGCUGCUCUUCAUGUGCCUGGCCUCUGCCGCCCUGGUCCGCAGUCGCCUCAAUGCUUACAAGGAGGUUCUCAAGCAGCCCACCACCAAGUCAAAAGGCACCACGCCAACAGCCCCUACAGGAUCAGUGAACCUGACAGCAGCUCUGGGGCGGUGUGGGGAAAAGGUGGAGUUCAUGAUGCAGAACAUUCUGAGCUACAACUGUGAUAUGCUGUCCCUGGUCCUGCAUGAUGCACCAAGCCAUGACUGGUUAAGUGCCAAGCCAUACCAGGAGGGUGCCUGCUGCUCCCUCACCAUUCAGAUGUGGGCUUUCUUCAUGCAAGGUUUGCGUAACGAUCUUUGGCGCUUCACCUCCCCACGCAUCAGUGAAAGCAUUCUGGCAAGCAUCUUCACUGACACUCUCAGCCUCAUGGUGACUCGCUACUCCCAGAUCGAGAUGAGUGACAUCCGGCAGCCCCAGUACUGCGCAGACAUCAUAGCAAUCCUAACCAUUGUGGCGUCCUUCCUGCCAUCCCUCAUUGCCUCCCCUGUCAUGCUCUUCAGUGUCAGAAUCCAUGAAUCAGUCGCUCUGCCCAUCCAUCGCCGUGCUGACCUGUUGCUCAAGGUGGCAGCCCUCAAGUGUGCCCCCAUUGAGAACCUGGCUAGGGUGUUCCAGAAAGGCUUUGAUAGUGCAGUGAAGAGGAACAGUUACCCAGAGAGUGUGACAAGCAUUGAGUCCACCCCAGCCUGGCUAACCUUCCUCAACCCGGCUCUGUUCCCCCGCGGCAAGACCUCUCUCAGCUACUUAGGGGACCAGGUGGCUGUCUACCUCACCCUCCUCACUGCCGCCAGUCGACCUCAGCCACAGUACUCUCUGAUUGUGCGGGGCUUGCUGAUGCGUAACUUCCUGGGAACCAAGACCAUCCUGAGGGGGUUGCAGGACACACCGGGGCAGGUGACGCGUGGGGAGCCCUGUGGUGGCCCGCUGUGUAUGCCCCACCUCUGCACCCCACCCCUCAUCCCCCACACUGUGUAUGCUGCUGUGGCCCAGAUCCUGGUGAUGUGUGUGGAUUGUGUGCCAGUGCUGUGCAAGAUUGCCAGCCCAGGGAUUAAGGAGUCUGGCCUGUGGGACUCCCUUGAUCGCACUCAGGUGUGGAAUGUGCAGCGGCCGCCUUGGCACCACGCCCUCGUGCAGCUGCUCACGCCAAGUGUGGUGGGCGUUGUGGCCGAGGUUCUGCGAGCUGUGCCACCUCAGCCUCCCGCCAAGCCAGCACACCCCAGCCAGCUGUCGGUGAGGCUGGAGCACCACCUGGCUGCAUGGACGCUGCAGCUCCUCACAGGGAUGGAGGGGGUGGCUAACAUGGUGCCUCUGUCGGUCAUUUACACGGCACACGCUAUCAAUGGAUGUCUGCCACCCACCAUCAAGCCCACAGGGGGACAUAUCAUCACACAGUUGGUAGUGAGUGCGAUCUACUCUGUCAUCAACUCCCGCUCUUCCCUGGACCAGCUAAGUGACACACCAAUCACGGACGGCCAGUGGGACAUGAUGAUUGCCGUCGGAGAGCGCCUCUGCUCACUGCAUGAUGGGAAUUACGACUCCCACCUCAAGCGCAUGACCAUUGCCCUGCUGGCCCAACUGGAGGACUUUGAGGAGGAGAAUGAGGAGGACAGUCUUGAUGAGUACACGGAUGAGGACGUCAUUGAAAGUCUGUGCACAGCGCUGGCCAACACUGUGCUUUCCUCUGUGCAGGGACAACAUGCACUGGUGGUGGUGUGGGAGUUCCUGAAGAGAAACAUGGAGUGGAUGCAGGAAAGUCUGGGAGCACCGGCCAUCCUGCCCCCUGCCAUGGAGCAGCCACGGCCACCUCUCUGCUUCGCUCCUGACCCACUCCUCUAUAACCCUCUCUAUUACUACAAGCGAGCCAUCUACACACAGCUGGACCAGGAGAGUCUGAUGAGCUUCAAGGGAGACUGGGAGGCAGUGCUGUGGAGUGACCUUGGGCUGCCUAAGGGAACCAUUGUGGACUUGAUCAAGAAACGUCCAGAGUUCCAGAACAACGCUUACCUCAACAAGAGCCAAGCAGCAGCAGUCAGGAAGCUGAGGCCACUGCUGAGGGACCCAGAUGAGGAGGAGGACGAGAAGAAGCACUGAAUACGUGCCAGUGACAAGUUAUUGGUAUAUGUGAGAGAAAAUGCUUGGGUUAUUUUCUCUAGGUUAUAUUAAACUUAUAUUUUCAGUUCUUCAAUAAUUUUUUGUAAUGUCACUUUAUAUAUGUAUUUGAGAUAGAAAAGCUUGAGUUUUUUGCAGCUUACAUCAAACAACCUUUAAUUUUUGGUUAAUUUAUUUAAUAAUUUUCUAUAGUAUUACUUUGUAAUAUGUCUAUGUAGGUACACUUUUUUUUGUCACACAUUAUAUCACAUGUGCUUUGUCCAUCAGGGCCUGUGUGUUGACAGGCAGAGGCACAGCUGCCAAACACUCAACAAGAAAACAUUAGGACAUUCACUUUGUAUAUUAUAGCUUGAGGUGGUGAAAUUUGAGAUCUAGGUAUAGUUAUGAUCAGCAGUCUAAUUACCUGUUAGUCUCAUUCCCACUUUUUUUGUUUUGUAGUAAUAACCAUGAAAACAUUUGGAAGGUCUCUUGAUCUGGAUAUUAGAACUUAAGAUGGUGAGUUUGAGUUCUAGGCAUAGUUGUGGACAGAAUUCUAGCAAGCAGCUACUCUCAUUCCCAUUACCGUGCUAAAAUGAUAUAAGAAUCGGUACAGUUUGUCAGAUUGUGCCCUUGCCCUCUUUGGACCCUCAUACAGCAGGGCAGAUGCUAAGGUUCUGAUGAAACAAGAGGGGGAAGAGCUAAGAGAUGUGGAUGUGUGGUGCUUUGUCUUGGCCAUGCUGUGUGGGAUUGCUGGCCUAGUAUAUUGAUAGGAUAUGGUUGGAUCUGUCUCAUGUAACCAUACAAAACUCCUUCAAUACUGUACCAGUCUCACAGGAUAUAACAUAAAUUGCAAUAACUUUUUCAUAGUAGGAAAUAUAAAAUACAAAAAUACUAAUUAC